AUGUUUGCCGUCUCGUUUCUCGUAUCGACAUUCUAUAUUCUACUUUUACCGAGCUUCAUUCACUUGCAACAGUCAUAUUCUUCAUUACAACCACGCCAUAUUCGUAUCGACCAUCAUGACGUGGACACUCAUCCUGAUAUCGUUGUUGAGACGCCGAUUUUUUCCUGGUCAAUUGAUGAUGAAAAGCAUCAUUGCAAUGACACUUCACGACGUGGGCUUCAUCAAACAGCUUAUCGAUUGACCAUUGUCAGAGAAAUCAGUUUCUAUUCUCCAACACAGAGCUCCUCAGUCAUGUAUGACUCAGGACGUAUCAUAUCAUCCAUAUCGACCAAUAUUUUAUACGAUGGUCCAGCUUUGACAUCUGACACACACUACAUAUAUUCCAUUCAAUAUUGGUCAUCUACUGGUGCAGUCAGUGAACCAGUAACUGGUCGAUUUCGAACUGCCUUAUUCAAUCCGAAAAAUGAAUUGACUGCCAGUUGGAUAGGUUCGCGCCUGAUUAAUAUGAAUGAAUUGCGGCGCGAAUUUUAUAUUCCAAAAGGCAUAUUAGCCGCUAUGGUAUUUAUGAGUGGAAUGGGUUACGGUAUGUUAUAUGUUAAUGGUGUAAACAUUGAUCCUUCGCGUCGUCUAGAUCCUGGAUGGACCACAUACACACAACGUGUCCUUUAUGUUUCGUAUGAUAUUACUAACAUUUUGAAAGGUCAAUCCAUUAAUUGCAUCGGUGUACAGUUAGGACUUGGAUUUUAUACGCACGAACAAUGGGGUGGAGGAGUGCCUGCACCAGCACCAGAAGUAUUUGGUCCACCACCAAGAUUGCUCUUACAAGUCAAUAUUGUACUUAGCGACUAUACAACAAUGAAUAUUAGCUCCGAUACAACAUGGCUUGGUCGCGAAGGUCCCCAUCGUAAAGAUAGUGUCUAUAUGGGAACAAUUUAUGACACUCGGGCUGAACGAUACAACUGGUCAACUGCUGGUUUUACUGAUCCUUACAGUUUGUGGCUAAAUGCAUCUCUAAUCGAAUCACCAUUGACUUCACCGACCGGUCAAUUAACAUAUCAAUCUAUGGAUCCAAUACGAAUUAGUCCAUAUGCUCUGCACAUUGCUACAUCAGCUUCACGAACUGGCUACAAGUCAAUGCCACCAGGUGUUGUUGGCGGUAAUUUAAUGAAUGGUGGUGUGUUUAAUGCUACGCCUUUAGCGAAUCAACAAGUCCCGACAUAUGAUGUUGCACAAAAUAUUGCUGGCUACUGCACAUUGACAAUUACGGGUAGACAAGGAAUGACUGUAUCAACACGACAUGCAGAAUUACUUAAUGAACCAGGUGUGGAUGGAAUUAAGUAUCAAGGACUUAACUCUGCCAAUUAUCAAAUUAUUUCCGCGUCUGAUGAUUUUAUCAUUCAAGGUAAUCCGCAUGAAGUACUGGCACCCCUCUUCACUUAUCAUGGCUUUCGCUAUAUCUCAAUAUAUGCUAAUUACAUUAAUAUUGAGUCAGUGGUUUGCGCGGCAAUACAUAGUGAAACAACUCUAAUCGGUAAUUUUACUUCAUCAUCACUCAUACUCAAUCAAAUUCAACACAAUAUUUUGUGGUCACAACUGAGCAAUAUAAUGUCGAUUCUAACAGACUGUAGUCAACGACAGGAGCGACGAGGAUGGCUUGGCGAUGCAGCCCUAUCAGUUGAUGCUGCAUUAUUCAACUUUGAUUUGUAUGGACUGUAUGUGAAUUUUCUACGAAAUAUUGCUGAUGUUCAACAUGAAGAUGGAUCGAUACCUGAUACAGCACCAUAUUCCGUCGGUGGAUAUGUAGCAGACCCAUCCUGGGCACAUGCUUAUCCAGAAAUUACUUGGCGUAUCUAUCAGCAUUACAAUGAUACAGUUGUCGUAAAAGAACACUACGCUGGAAUUCAAGCAUGGGUAGAUUAUUUGACCAGUCGUGCAGAACAAAGUGGUUUGGCAAAUAUGUAUUUCGCUUAUGGCGAUUGGGAAACACCGGCUAAUUAUCCUGUGACGAAUAGUUCAUUGGUCUCGGCAUUUUCAUAUCUGAGUGAUGUACAAAUAAUGAUAAUUCUGUCAAAAAUACUAAAUAAUCAGACUAAUGUUGCCAAAUACAGCAAAUUGUAUGAUCAGUUGGCAAUAGAAUUCCAUGAGACGUUUUACAAUCCGCUCGUCAAUGGAUAUGCAGAAGGAUAUCAAACGGCAAAUGCGCUAGCAUUGAAACUACCCAAUGUUGUACCUUCAAAUCUUCGUGCAUCGGUUAUCAAAGCUCUUGUCGAUAAUAUUGUUGCUAAUGAUAACCAUUUGACAACUGGUAUUAUUGGUACGGCUGCACUAUUUCCAGUACUAUCUGACGCUGGUUAUCAUGAUUUAGCAGUAACAGUGGCGACUCAAACAACGUAUCCAUCCUUUGGAUUCAUGUUCAACAAUGAUGUACAGAAUGCCACGACAAACUGGGAAACAUUUCAUGCUUUAUUAAAAGGUUCUGGUGGUACGGAUAGUCUAAAUCAUCACAUGUUUAAUAGUAUUGGUGCUUGGUUCUAUCGAUACUUGGCCGGAGUACAAUUCAAUGGCCUUGCCGAAGAUCUUAUUAUUCGUCCGCGAUUGACUCAACUAUUGAUAAAUGUGGAAGCCGAAGUGUACACAAUUAACGGACCAAUUCUUGUUUCAUGGCAGCGACACAUUGAUGAAAAUACAGUCACCUAUAAUGUGACCAUACCGAAUUCGCUUUAUUCCGUUAUUACAUUCGAGCCCAUCGAACCAACAGCUGAUUGUAUAUCGAUUGAAGAAAAUGGCAUAUUAAUCUGGCAUCGAUUCGCAUCAGUACUUGAGACCAAUAUUAAUGGUAUUGUAUGGGUACGGCCCGACUCGAAAGUCGACCGUGCGAUGAGUAUCCGCAUAGAAAGUGGUUUAUAUCAUUGGAAAGUGCAAUGGACUUAA